AUGGGAGCUUGCUUAUCUUGUCUUUUUGGAAAGAAAACGAAGAGCCUAUACGAACCAUUGCUGCAAGAAAAUGAACGUGAAGCAGUUGCAGAUUUAUUAACCUAUCUUGAGAAUCGUGCCGAAACUAACUUUUUUGAGGGCGACCCAUUACGUGCUCUUUCCACAUUGGCCUUUUCGGAUAAUGUGGACUUACAACGUUCAGCGGCAUUAGCCUUUGCGGAAAUAACUGAAAAAGAAGAUGUUAGGGAAGUGGACCGUGAAACUAUGGAACCCAUUAUGUUCCUUCUUCAAUCUCCUGAUGUAGAGGUUCAAAGAGCGGCCUCUGCUGCAUUAGGAAAUUUGGCUGUUAAUACUGAAAAUAAGUUGUUGAUUGUGCAAAUGGGAGGUUUGGAACCAUUGAUUCGACAAAUGUUAUCACCAAAUGUUGAAGUACAAUGUAACGCGGUUGGAUGCAUUACUAAUUUGGCUACACAUGAUGAAAAUAAAUCAAAAAUUGCGAAAUCUGGUGCUUUGGUACCGCUUACACGAUUAGCUCGUUCUAAAGACAUGCGGGUUCAAAGAAACGCAACAGGCGCUUUAUUGAAUAUGACACAUUCUGAUGAGAACAGGCAACAACUUGUAAAUGCUGGCGCUAUACCUGUAUUAGUUAGCCUUCUAAAUUCACCCGAUACGGAUGUUCAAUAUUAUUGUACAACUGCGCUUAGUAAUAUCGCCGUUGAUGCUUUAAACCGAAGAAAGCUUGCCUCAUCAGAAACACGCUUGGUACAAUCGUUGAUUGGUUUAAUGGAUUCUACUUCGCUGAAAGUGCAAUGCCAGGCAGCUUUAGCAUUAAGAAAUUUAGCUUCAGAUGAAAAAUAUCAGCUCGAGAUAGUUCGUUCUCGAGGGUUACCACCUCUUUUAAGAUUACUUCAAUCAUCUUUUCUUCCUUUAAUUCUUUCGUCGGUAGCUUGCAUUCGUAACAUUUCUAUCCAUCCACUUAAUGAAUCUCCAAUAAUCGAUGCGGGUUUCUUGUCACCUCUAAUUCAGCUUUUGGCAUACGAAGAAAACGAAGAAAUUCAAUGUCAUGCCAUUAGCACAUUAAGAAAUCUUGCAGCCAGCUCAGAAAGAAAUAAACGCGCGAUUGUAGAUGCUGGGGCUGUUGAACGAGUAAUAGAAUUGGUGUUAAAUGUGCCAUUAAGCGUUCAAAGCGAAAUGACUGCAUGUGUAGCUGUUUUAGCGUUAAGUGUAUUGCUUCCCCUGACAAAUUCUUCAAGCGUUGAGGUGCAAGGAAACAGUGCCGCUGCUUUAGGAAAUUUGUCAUCAAAAGUUUGGGAACAGCCAGAAGGUGGCCUUAAUGGUUAUUUGCAACGUUUCUUAUUAAGUACCGAUAAAACAUUUAAACAUAUUGCAGUUUGGACUAUUGUCCAAUUUUUAGAAGGAAGAGAUCCAAAGUUGUUUGCAAACAUUUCUUCCUCGGAUACAAUCGUGUCUGCAAUAAAUAGCUUGGCUGAAUUUGGGGUAACAACUGACGGUGAAGAACCUGAUGAUGAUGAUGACUCAGAUGAAAUCGUUGCCUUAGCCCGUAAAACAUUGUCUUUGUUACAAUGA